CAACACUGUAACAUUAUAACUGUAGCUGUAUAGCUAGUGUAGUUUUGGUUUAUUUUUGAGGGGUUUUGGACAUUUAAAAUGUUCCCGAGAGAAAAUAUAUGCAAAAGCAAACCAAAAAUAAACCGAAAACGAACGUUUUGUUGUUCUUCUUUCAUAUUUUAGAAUAAAUAACUAUUUAUAGCCCUAUUAGUUGAAGGGAGGCGAGGUACAAAGUAUUUGAGCCAAAAACUUUUUUGAUGAGAUUUUUAAGCAUAGCGUAGAAUCCUCGAGAAAAAGAAAUGUUUUUGGCGAAAAGACUUUAUGAGCCCCCUUCAACCAGUAGGGUUUUAGAUAAUUUUAUGCCCUGGAAAGAAAGAAGUAUGAAUUCAAAUUUUAACAUUAUCAAAAUAAAUAAAUACACAAAAUUGGCACGUCAAUUAUAUAACAUCUUAUAUAAAGUUUAAACUUUUAAAAAGUACAUAUUAAAGAAAAUCCCAAAUAUUAAUGCUGGAAGAUGAUCAUUCAAAAGAAUGCGGGAACUUAGCAAAAAAUGCGCAAAUACUGAAAGGUGUACUCAGCUGGGCCAGAGGAUAAACAGAAUAAACAUAAAAUGAACUAAAUAGUGACACAGCAAAUUCUAAGAGGUGCUGUUGUACAUAACACAAGAAUUAAAUACUGAAACAGAUACAUAAAAGAACUAAGCGAAUAUGACUUUCUCAAUGUCGGAGCUAGAGAAGUCUCACAAGUUGCAGAUGGAAGAGGAGGAGGAUGAGGAUGCCCCUGCAUCCAAGUCUGCAAAGGAGUUGGAAGAAGCGAAGAAGGAGGCGAAGGAGAAACAGGCCAGAAAUGAUGACAUAGCUCUGGUAGUGUGUAUGGUUUGUUUACUCAUCCUUACAAUAUUAACUAUAGUUGUCAAGAUAUGUUUUAUUGACCCAGCCUAUGAUCCAAACGUAUCUACUUUUAAACCUCUUCUACAGCAUGUUGGAUCAAACGAGAGGUAUGCUGGUAAUGGAUAUCUACCAUGUAAUGGAUAUGUUCCUUGUCAACCAGAACAUUUAUCUCCAACUAAACUAGAAGAGAGACUUCAGGAUGCAAUGCCCUGCCAUGAUUACCAGAAUAAGGGUGAUGGUCCUGAAGGAUGCUGGUAGCCCUGUUGUCUGGGCCUAUCUAAUCUACCUAAUCCAUUCUGAUAUUUUUAAAUCCUAACCUCGAAAUAUUUGCUCAAAUUCAGUAAAGCUGGAACUUCUGUUAAAUAUACUCACUCAAGUAUAA